CGCAUGCGCAUUAGUCACAACAAAACCUCGUGGACGAAAGGAAGCAAAGCAAGAUGCUGGUGCUAUUUGAAACAGCGGCGGGUUAUGCCGUUUUCAAGUUAUUGAACGAGAAGAAACUGAAGGAGAGUGAAAAUCUUUACCUGGAUUUCGAGACUCCCGAAGCAGCUAGUGAAGUGUUAAAGUUGAAGCAUUUCAAGAAAUUCAAAGACACAACAGAAGCUCUAGCAGCUGCCACAGCCCUGGUUGAAGGAAAGAUGAGCAAGUCAUUAAAGUCUCUCAUGAAGAAAGUUGUAGCCUCUGACGCCCAUGAUGAACUUGCUGUUGCUGAUGCAAAACUUGGGAACGUGAUUAAGGAGAAAUUCAAUCUAAGCUGUGUAGCAAACUCGUCUGUACAAGAGUUGAUGCGAGGGAUCAGAAACCAGAUGGACAGCCUUAUCACUCUCCCAACGAAGGAGAUGUCUGCUAUGGCCCUUGGUCUUGCUCACAGUCUUUCACGAUACAAACUCAAGUUCAGUCCAGACAAAGUAGACACAAUGAUAGUUCAAGCUAUAUCAUUACUUGAUGACUUGGACAAGGAGUUGAACAACUAUGUAAUGAGAGCUCGCGAAUGGUACGGAUGGCAUUUCCCAGAGCUUGGCAAGAUUGUUCAGGAUAACCUUGCUUUUGCCAAGGUCGUCAAACAAAUGGGUUUCCGGACGAAUGCUGUGAAUACAGAUUUUUCCAAGAUCUUACCCGAGGAAGUGGAGAAGGAUGUUAAGGAUGCUGCAGAAAUCUCCAUGGGAACGGAAAUCUCAGACGAGGAUAUUCUCAAUGUUACAUACCUCUGUGAUCAGGUGAUAGAGAUAACAGAAUACCGAGCCCAGCUGUAUGACUAUAUUAAAAACAGAAUGGUUGCCAUAGCACCCAAUUUGACCGUGUUAGUUGGAGAACUGGUUGGCGCCAGACUUAUUUCACAUGCUGGAUCCCUGCUCAACCUGGCCAAGCACCCUGCCAGUACUGUACAGAUUCUCGGUGCGGAGAAAGCCCUAUUCCGAGCCCUGAAGACCAAACAUGACACGCCCAAAUAUGGUCUUAUAUACCACGCCUCGCUUGUUGGUCAGGCUAACACCAAACUCAAGGGCAAGAUGUCUCGGAUGUUGGCAGCUAAGGCAUCCCUGGCGAUCCGUGUUGACGCCCUGGGAGAGGACACAAACGCCGAGAUGGGAUUGGAACAUCGCGCCAAGCUGGAUAGAAGGAUGCGAGAACUGGAGGAGGGAAAGUCACGAAGAAUAAGUGGUGCUGGAAAGGCCAUGUCCAAAUGGGAUAAUUACGAGAACAAAAGCCAAGUGCGGACAUAUAACGACACAGCAGACUCCACGAUCCCUGUUGUCCCCAAGAAACGAAAGUUUGAUGACGAUGAUGAUGAGGAGGAUGUUAAACCCAAGGUCAUGAAGGUUGAAGCGAAUGCCGACGUCACCGAACAACAGUCUCCUGUAGAAAAUGGAGAUCACUCCUCAGCUAAAAAGAAGAAAAAGAAGAAGAGGGAAAGCCUCAACACCACACAGGAGACAGAUGUCUCCAUGGAGGUGACGGCGUCGGGUGAUGCUCCUUCAUCUGAGAAGAAGAAAAAGAAAAAGAAGAAAAUCAAGCAGGAGGACGAUUAAACAGUUCUCUAUCUUCCAUCAUUAAAUUCUUCAUUCAUGUGAAUUUGGUCCAAAGAUUGUGUUGAAAAUCGAUGUAUUGUUGAUUUUUAUGUCCCAGCUCCUGUGCAUGUAUCUGAAAAUGUAAACAUUACAUGCUGGACUGAUACGGGCCAUGGGGCUGUUUCACCAGUGAUCCUGGAGUGUAUUUAACAGUGCAGUACUACAGUAAAACAUCUCUUCCUACAGGUAUCUAUAUAACCACGAAAUCACUCCGAGAACUUUGAUGAACGGCCCCUUUUCAUCUUGUUUCAUUUUCAUGGUUGUAAAUGAUGGCAUUAUUAUUGUUCAUACGCUGGUACAGCUAAUGUAGCUUGUACACAAGCAGUCUAAAUGUGUUCAGAAAACCAUUUUAUGUUUAAUUUGGAUUCUUUUAUCAAUGAUUUUAUAUGCUUUUAUUGAUAUACAUGUGCAUUUUGUUCAUAUUUUGGAUAUGUGUCUUUCUGUUCGAAAUUGCAUUGUAUUUUAGUUGGCAAAAAAUUGACAGUUGUACCUGUUAAAAACAUAAUUUCGAGAGGUAUUAGAUGUUAAUUCUGAAACCUCUCGUUCAAAAAUUGCAUUGGUAUUAUUGUAUAGAAAAAACCGCAAGCCCAGUGAGUUGAAACAUGACUCUAGAAGUCAUCUGUUAAGAUUUAUUAGUGUUGAUAGAGUCUGACUAAUGAAUUGUUACAAUAAAACUUAUAUAGUAAAAGAUGAAAGGAUAAUAUGCCUUAUUUUUAUCUUAAUGGAAAAAUGAAUAAAAAAUAUAAACCAGAAACUACA